AGAUCUGGUGGGUGGGCAGAGGCUGGCGUGGGCGGGGCCGAGGCCGGGGAGAGCUGAGCGCUCUUGGCAGCCUAAGGAGUCGCAGGCUGGGCGCACGCGAGGCUAACCGCGCGGCUGCACGCUGGUGCAAGUCGUCCGAGGCGCGGCGAGCGCAGUGGACGCUAAGGCGCUGCUGCAGGAGUCUCGGAGCCCCGGUGUCCCUAGUGCACUCAGCAAGGCCCCGGUUCUCUGCAGUCCCCGGAGCAGCUCGCGAUGGCCCCGCGCAAGAACGCCAAGGGCGGCGGCGGCAACAGCAGCAGCAGCGGCAGCGGCAGCGGCUCGGGCAGCGGUAGCCCGAGCACCGGUAGCAGCGGUAGCAGCAGUAGCCCCGGGGCUCGGAGAGAGGCAAAGCACGGAGGACACAAGAAUGGGCGAAGAGGAGGGAUUUCAGGAGGGUCCUUUUUCACAUGGUUCAUGGUCAUUGCAUUGCUCGGCGUCUGGACAUCUGUGGCUGUCGUGUGGUUUGACUUGGUCGAUUAUGAAGAAGUUCUAGGAAAACUAGGAGUCUAUGAUGCGGAUGGCGAUGGGGACUUUGAUGUGGAUGAUGCCAAAGUUUUACUAGGCCUUAAAGAAAGAUAUCCUUCUGAGAGGACCUUUCCACCGGAGGAGGAGGCAGAGACUCAGGCUGAGCUGGAGGAGCAUGCCCCUGAGGGGGCAGACAUCCAGAAUAUUGAAGAUGAAGUAAAAGAACAAAUUCAGUCCCUUCUUCAGGAAUCAGUACACACGGACCAUGACCUUGAAGCAGAUGGGCCGGCAGGAGAACCACAGCCGGAGGUUGAGGACUUCCUCACAGUGACUGACAGUGAUGACAGAUUUGAGGACCUGGAACCCGGGACAGUUCAUGAAGAAAUCGAGGAUAGUUACCAUGUGGAAGACACAGCAUCGCAGAACCAUCCAAAUGACAUGGAAGAGAUGACGAAUGAACAGGAAAACUCAGAUCCCAGUGAAGCAGUGACAGAUGCAGAUAUGCUGCUGCCCCAUGCAGAGGAAAUAAGACACCAAGACUAUGAUGAACCAGUAUAUGAACCUUCAGAGCACGAAGGGGUAGAGAUUUCAGAUAACACCAUAGAUGAUUCCAGCAUAAUCUCAGAAGAAAUAAAUGUUGCCUCUGUUGAAGAACAGCAAGACACACCACCAGUUAAGAAGAAGAAGCCUAAACUUCUGAACAAAUUUGAUAAAACAAUUAAGGCUGAGCUGGAUGCUGCAGAAAAGCUCCGGAAAAGGGGUAAAAUUGAGGAAGCAGUGAACGCAUUUGAAGAAUUGGUUCGAAAGUACCCUCAGAGCCCACGAGCAAGAUAUGGCAAAGCGCAGUGUGAAGAUGACUUGGCAGAGAAGCAGAGAAGCAAUGAGGUUCUGCGCAGGGCCAUCGAGACCUACCAGGAGGCAGCCGACCUGCCUGAUGCCCCUACAGACCUGGUGAAGCUGAGCUUGAAGCGAAGGUCAGAACGGCAGCAGUUUCUAGGUCACAUGAGAGGUUCUCUACUUACCCUCCAGAGACUAGUUCAGCUGUUCCCUAGUGAUACUACCUUAAAAAAUGACCUUGGCGUAGGAUACCUCUUGUUGGGAGACAACGACAGUGCCAAGAAGGUUUACGAAGAGGUGCUAAAUGUGACACCAAAUGAUGGCUUCGCUAAAGUGCAUUACGGCUUCAUCCUGAAGGCACAGAACAAGAUAUCUGAGAGCAUUCCCUACUUAAAGGAAGGAAUCGAAUCUGGGGACCCUGGCACGGAUGAUGGCCGGUUUUACUUCCACUUGGGGGAUGCCAUGCAGAGGGUCGGGAACAAAGAGGCAUAUAAGUGGUAUGAACUUGGGCACAAGAGAGGACAUUUUGCCUCUGUCUGGCAGCGUUCCCUCUACAAUGUGAAUGGUCUGAAGGCUCAGCCGUGGUGGACACCCAGGGAGACUGGCUACACAGAGCUAGUGAAGUCUUUAGAGAGAAACUGGAAGUUGAUCCGUGAUGAAGGCCUCAUGGUGAUGGAUAAAGCCAAGGGUCUCUUCCUGCCUGAGGAUGAAAACCUUCGGGAGAAGGGCGACUGGAGCCAGUUCACACUGUGGCAGCAAGGAAGGAAGAAUGAGAACGCCUGUAAAGGAGCUCCUAAGACCUGUACUUUACUAGAAAAGUUUUCCGAAACAACAGGAUGCAGAAGAGGACAGAUCAAAUAUUCCAUCAUGCACCCUGGAACUCAUGUGUGGCCUCAUACAGGACCCACAAACUGCAGGCUCCGAAUGCAUCUGGGGUUAGUGAUCCCCAAGGAAGGCUGCAAGAUCCGGUGUGCCAAUGAGACCAGGACGUGGGAAGAAGGCAAGGUGCUCAUCUUUGAUGACUCUUUUGAGCACGAGGUUUGGCAGGAUGCCUCGUCUUUCCGGCUGAUAUUCAUCGUGGAUGUGUGGCACCCUGAGCUGACCCCUCAGCAGAGACGCAGCCUUCCCGCAAUCUGAAAGGCACUGACACAGACUUGGUUGCUCUCCAGGGAGGCUGCCUUUCUGGUUCCUUUUGGGUGUGGAGAUAGAAGUCCAAGUGCCAGGAUUCUUCAUCCCGGGGCCAUGCAGCUGGAGACCUCACUGGAGGGAACAUUUGCCUUCCUGCAACUCAUUUAGGAGGCCUCUUGCUUCAUGUCACCCAUGACAGCACAGAACUGGUGCCUGGAUUUAAGGGGCAGAAAACUUGGUUGUGUUGUCUACAUGGCUGGCCAAAGAUAUUUUUCUACAUAGAAUAGUGUCUACAUCAAUGUACAUGGAGGAUAUACUAUAUAGAGAAACUGUGAAUGAGUCACUUUAGUUUGUAAUUUUUCUAUGCAGUUAUAUUUUUCUAAGUAGCUAAACUGUUCUGUCACCAUCUACCCCCAUGUUUUCGAUGACUUUAAUGACAAGAAGUAUAAAUUCUUUACUUCUAACUGUUAAAUAGUAAUUUUCCUGGUAAAUUCAGACAUCUCUUUUUUAGAAAGAAGAUAUCACAUGUGAAAAAAAAGAACUUUGUUUUCCUAACAUAAAUUGGAAGUCAUGCCAGGAUGCAUGAAUUGUGCCAACACUUGCCCUUGGGUCUACCUGUGUAUCCUCAUUUAGACUCAGUGUCUCCCCCUUUCUCUGUGCUAAUAGUAGAAAAUUCUUAUUUUUAAGAGCAACAUUUUUUUUUAAUUACACUGAGCAGAGCCAUAGAAACAUUUUAUAUUGUGAUAGGAAAAUACCACAGAUAAUGGAGCUUGGAGAGAAAAUAUCACAUGGAAGUGAAACUUCCUGCUCAGGAUCAGGGACCCAGGUAGCCUGGCCUCUUUGCCUUCUAUACCCAAGGCCUGGAAUCUGCAGUUCCUGCCUGCUGGAGAUCCACUUGCGUGUCAAAAAGAAGGCCUCCUUGGUCUCUGAGAGUCUCUUCACUAUUUUAUCCAUGUAGGAAUAGCAGCAUAGAAAGUGCCCAGGGAUGCUAGCAUCCUAGGUGGUCAAGCAUCCUUGAUUAUGAAUUUGCAGUGCUUUUCCAUCUUCCUCCCCUCACAAUAAUGUCAGCCAUCUCAUUUUAUCCUGAAACAGCGUUGACAGGCAUGUUGGGUUUGAGUGCUACCCACGGCUGAGAAAGAGCAGUAGAAAACCAUCUUGCUCCUCGAGAUGAUCAUUAGUAAAGCAUUGCUGCAUUUUAUUUUCUAUUUUAAAAUUAAAGCUAACUCAAGCCCUAGAAUGUAAUGACAUUCAUGCACUUAUCUCUAAGCCAGUCGAACAACAUUGCUGCAGAAAUGGCUGGUAUUCCAGCUACACAGAUAGAAAAGAUAGAGAUGUGUGCCUUUUAAGCAAUGUCCAAAAAAGCAGCUUUCUGUACCUCAUUUAAAGAGCAAUUCAUUGAGCUUGAUCCUUUCCCUUUUCGCUUAAGGACAUUAGCUCUUCGUAGGAAAGUUUACAAAAUAUGUGUCCAUUCUUAAAAUAGGUACUUGUCCCUUCCUUUGCCAGUGUUCAAAAAUUCCUCUAAAACAGAUGGCAAAGGCAUGAGGGGAAAUAUCAAAUCCUUACCAAAUUCUAGAAAAGGAAACAAACUCUCAGACAACAGAAAGUUAUUUGUGUUCUUCAGUAUUUAUUAAACAGAGGAACUUACUGACAAAGGCAAUACAAUCCAGUGUUCAUGUAGUAACCCUCGGUUACCUGCUGCGUUUAGUUCUCCUCUAUACUACAUACACAUAGCGAAAUGCAAACCAUGUGUUCUCAUUGUUAAACUAUCACCUUACAGCCAUGGAAUAAAAUGGAGGAAAUGAGUGAAAAUUAGCUGUUAACUUAGUAAAUAUAACAUGUUUUUUAAAAUAUGGUCAUUACAGUAGGAUUCUAAAUCUUGCCUUGUGAAAAGCCAGCAGUACCAUUACUUUUGCAAGUGUUGGCGGUGGUGCACUCCGACAGCAUUUUAAGUACUUGGAUCCCACGUUGAUCGUAUAAACACAAGCAAUAAAAGAUUUUCUAAUUCACUUUAAUUUUCCUCACUCUUACUUGUGUCAUAAGAAAAGAAUUACCAUCCAGGUCUUGGUAAACAUUUUUCAAGGUUACUAUUUUACAAUUCUAAAGGUCUAUACAAAAUGAAUUGGUAGGGGUGUUUUUUUUUUAAUAUACUAUGAUGCAAUUGUUUGGGAAAUAUUUUAAAAUUCUGUUUCAAUUUUGCUUCUUCAAGGUUGGAACAUAAAAAUAGCUUCUGUUACUAUUCUCUGCCAGUAGAAAAAAAUAAUAAAACAGUAGAUCAACCGAGGAGUAUACAUCUAGUCUGUAUCUCAGGGCUCAGGGGUUAGGCCCUGGGUUUGAUCGUCAACAUUGGAGGGAGACAGAGAAGAGAGGGUAACAGGAAGACAGAGAAAGAAAGACAAAGGAAAAGGAGAGGAGUGUAAGGAGGAGAAAAGUGGGAAGGAAUAGGGAAAGAGAGAGAUGGAGAGAGGGAAGUGGCCAUAGUUAGUAAUGUUGUUUGGUGUUUAUGGCUGGAAGUAAGUUGAAUUGGUUUCCUCUUUUCUUUAGGCUGUUCAGCUAGUAAAUCACCCUACCAAGUGCUUAAAAUGUAAAGUAUUUUAAUAAGUGUCAGCAAUUAAAAUUUUUGACAUUAUCACUCUGGUCAUAUUAGUAAGUGUCUGUGUCAUACAGAUGCUAGGGAAUAAGAUAUCUACAUAUACUCAGCUGGUCUCGGGAAACAUGGCACAGAUAAAAUAUCCUACCCUUUGCUGUUCUCUGUCUGACUUCCUAUGCAUGGGGGCUGGGAUCCAUUUCUAAGGAGAAUGGAUAAGGAAGUAGGCUGGUCUUUGGCAUUUCAUCUUGCAUUCUUGGUCCUCUUUAGCUUGGUACUUACAUGCUGGUCCAUCCUUAAGGGUCUUUCUGUGAGAUUUGAAUGCCUGCCCCCUCAGGGCCUUUCUCCACAGGUAAUAGGAACAUUGGGACAAAGGGACUUAUUUGAUAGCACUUUUUUGCUGUAGUAACCCAAGAAUUAACUUAAAUGGGCUAAUCAGUCACCAGUGUGUGUGUGUGUGUGUGUGUGUGUGUGUGUGUGUUCCAAUGAAUUGCCCCCUCUCUGUAGGCAUUCGCCAACAGGAAAUCACUUUGCUAUGAUGAAGCAGCCUCUUUUUUUUUUUUUUUCAAACUGCCUCUUUGUCUUCUUAAAAAGCAAUUCAUGAAAGUCGGCUGAUGGUCUGACAAGCAAUGUGAUGUCCAAAUCAUUCUUGUAGGAGAGAGAUUUAAAUGAAAAACUUUGCAAAUAGCCAGACGUGCGAGAUCACACUCUUAGGCUGAAUACUUAGAUGCUGGUGAUGAGGUCAGGAAAUAAGUCAAUACAACUGGAAAUUAUUGUAGCUACUGCUGCUGGGGUUCAGCAUUACAUUAAACUUGCUGAUGUGUCUGCACAUUUUAACUCUGCUGUAUUUAUUUCGGAAUGCAUUUCAUCUUAAUUUGCAAAACCUGGAGAGGGUUCCUGUGUGAGUCUUUAGAGUGAUGUAUAUGCGACUAAUUUAGGGUUCUCUUUUCCCUUUUGAAGUAUAUUUGCUGCCAAAAAUAUGAGGGGAGGGAGAAUCCUUUUUACAUAAAUGCCUUUCUUUAUCCCCCUCACCAUCCCUCACUAAAACAUAAAUUAAUUAGUUAAAUUUUAAAAGCGUCUCUCAGAUCUUUGUCCAGUGUGGGCUACCCAGACCAAUGUUGCUGACAGUCAUGGCUGGGAUUGGGAUGGAGGACCUCAUGUCAAGCAGAGCACACAUGUCUGUAGGUCAGUUGCACAGGCUUGCUGGACGGUUGCUCCACUGGAGAUGUCACAUGAUGCUGACUGGCUCAGUCCAGAGCCAGUAGUGGCUGGGUGUUCUCAUUUUCUCCUUUCUCUUCAUGUUUCAAGGUCCCAGCUUCUACCACAGACUGAGAUCUAACAAGAGAGGAAGGAGACACACACAGUCACAGACAGUCCAUACUGGUGAUGCUUGCUAUUCACCUAGAGAAUCAAAGCAUGUAAAAUAGCUACUUAGUGCUUCCUUUCUGGCCUCUGUUUUCCACACACCACUUUAUUUCUUUUUUCCUUCUUUUUGUUUUUCUGAAGAUUGAAUCUGGUCAUUCUGAGAUUCUUUUUUUUUUUUCUGCUGAAUUUGAUCCAUAUCUUUUUGCUGUAAUAAGUCCUAUGAGUGUAACAUUUUGUUCAUGUUUCAAAUAAAAAUAAAGGUAAUUCGAAAGAUGC